GAUGAUGUACGCUCAGCUCCAUCGGUAGUUCCGUGAGCCUUUUAGAUCAGCAAAACAUCAAUCAUAUCACCGGUUUCAGUUUGAUCAAAAAGAACAAGUAGGUCCCCCACUCACCACGGAGAGUCUUCACUUGCUUUCCAGAUUCAAUUCUGUAGUAGAAAAAGGAGAGAAAAAAAAAAUAGAGGUAUAAUAAUAUGUAUUUGAAAUUUUGAAGGCUAUGGUGAUGGAUGCGUCAAAGUUAGCAGAACUAAAGCUAUUCGUUGAUCAGUGCAAAUCAAACCCUUCAAUUGUCCACAACCCAUCUCUUUCCUUCUUCAAAUCCUACCUCCAAAGUCUGGGAGCUCGAAUUCCACCCGACCCACAAACGGAUAAAGGUGGUGUUAACAUGGCAGAGCCCGGGCAACACUCUGAUUCCAAAGACCCCAAUUUUUCAUAUGAAGAAGAUGAUGAUAUUGUUGAGUCUGAUGUUGAGUUAGAUAACACCGGUGUGGUGGAACCUGACAAUGAUCCUCCACAAAUGAUGGGAGACCCUUCAGUUGAAGUUACAGAGGAUAUGCGGGAUGCUGCGCAAAGUGAAAAAUUAAAAGCUAGUGAUGCAAUAUCUGAAGGUAAGCUGGAUGAAGCGGUUAAUUAUCUAACAGAAGCUAUCAUGUUAAAUCCCACUUACGCAAUAUUAUACGCAACUAGAGCUAGUGUUUUCAUUAAAUUGAGCAAACCAAAUGCUGCAAUCCUUGAUGCUGAUGCAGCUUUAGAGAUCAAUCCUGACUCAGCAAAAGGAUAUAAAGUUCGAGGGAUGGCAAGGGCCAUGCUAGGCCGAUGGGAAGAAGCAGCUAGUGAUCUGCAUGUAGCAUCAAAGCUAGAUUAUGACGAGGAGAUUGGUUCAGUACUCAAAAAGGUGGAACCUAAUGCACACAAAAUUGAAGAGCAUCGCAGGAAAUAUGACCGCUUGAGGAAAGAAAGGGAAUUAAAAAGGACUGAACGUCAGAGGCAACAGCAGAAAGCUGAAGCACAAGAUCAGGAAGCAUUAUCUGCUUUUAAAGAUGGGCAGGUUAUUGGCAUUCACUCCACCGGUGAGCUGGAAACUAAGUUGAAUGCUGCUACAAGAACAUCUCGCCUGGUCAUAUUGUACUUCACUGCAACAUGGUGUGGUCCCUGUCGCUUCAUUUCUCCGCUUUAUACAAGCUUAGCUGCAAAAUAUGUGAAAGUAGUGUUCUUAAAAGUUGAUAUAGAUGAGGCAAGGGAUGUGGCUGGCUGCUGGAAUAUUAGCAGUGUUCCUAGCUUUUUCUUUGUAAGAAACGGAAAGGAAGUCGACAAGGUUGUAGGGGCUGACAAAAGUUUACUUGAAAGGAAGAUUGCCCAAUAUGCUGGCUGAUGUUUAGCCUAUCAAUGAAGGAUCGGUGUGGAAACUCCAGCUUCAGGUUGGUAAACUUGUACGUGAAUUAGUCUGAGUGCAGGCACACAACUAAGAAACGGCAACGUAGCAAAUCUAUUGACCUCGAUACAUAACCUUAAUAAUUUCCUAAAACCGAGGAGGAUGUUAAAGUCCUAAAGCCAGUCCCAGAAACCCUGAGGUCCCCUUGUCUCAGGAAUUACGCUAAUCUCGUUUUCUGAAUAUCCUAUGUCUGAAGCAUUUAGGAAACACAGAAGCAAGCAGACAAAUAGCCUUGUUUUUCUUGUCACAUAACAUGCUGUCAAGAAAAGACAGAAAAGGAGGAUUACAAUUUAGGCAUGAUAUUUGAAAACGAUUUGUAAAUUAUUUAAGAAAAAUUUAAAUUAAGUUUUUAUUAUGUUGUAUUUU